GUUGCUAUAUCGAUCUAUCAUCACUUAUUCAAAGUCCCGAACCGAGCCACGCAAACUCUGUGAAUUCCUUCCUCAAAGUCCCGAACCGGAACCCGUCGUCCAUGCUCUCUGCAUGGCUCUGCCGUCCGAACCUCACCGUCGCCGCCGCAGCAACAACCCCAUCUCUUCAUUCCUCGAAACCACCGCUUCCAACUUCGCCUCUCUCUUCAAUCCUCAAAUCCCUUCUUCCCCUUUAACCCUCACGAAAUCACAACCGCACCCACCCUCCUCUAUCUCCCUCCCUCUCUUCUUCGCGCCGCCCCUCUCCACCCCGACGGUUGAUUCCUCCUCCGCCGCCGCCGCAGAGCACUCUCGCCCAGCCGCCAAAUCGGUGAGGGUCACGAGGCUCAGUACGAAUGGGAAGGGUGGUGGGCCCGCCUUCGUGGGGCAGGUCUUCAGCAUGUGCGACCUCUCUGGAACCGGCCUCAUGGCUGUUUCCACCCACUUUGACAUUCCCUUCAUCUCCAAAAGAACCCCUGAGUGGCUGAAAAAAGUUUUUGCAGCAAUCACCAAGAGCGAGAGGAAUGGCCCUGUGUUUCGGUUUUUUAUUGAUCUAGGAGAUGCAGUUUCAUAUGUCAAAAAGCUGAAUAUUCCCAGUGGUGUGGUGGGUGCUUGCCGUCUUGAUCUAGCAUAUGAACAUUUCAAGGAAAAACCUCAUUUGUUCCAAUUUGUUCCAAAUGAGAAGCAGGUCAAGGAAGCCAAUAAAAUUCUGAAGACAAACCCGCACAAUGGUGUCAGGAGAAAAGUCGAUGGUGUGCCUGUGUUUAGUGCACAGAACUUAGAUAUUGCAAUCGCAACUACAGAUGGGGUUAAAUGGUAUACUCCUUACUUCUUUGAUAAAAAGAUGCUCGAUAACAUUCUUGAAGAAGCUGUUGAUCAACAUUUCCAUACUUUAAUCCAAACUCGUAACAUGCAUCGGCGGCGGGAUGUGGUCGAUGACAACCUAGCUGCAGAAGUAAUUGAGGAAAUGGGAGAUAGCUUAGGAGAUCCUCCAGAGGUUCAAGAAUUGCUUGACGAAAUGGGCCAUCCUAGUAUACCCCUAAGUGUUAUAUCUAAGGCUGCAGAGCUUCAGUUCCAUUAUACGGUUGACAAAGUACUCCUGGGUAAUAGGUGGUUGCGGAAAGCAACAAGAAUACAACCAAAGUUUCCGUAUAUGGUUGACUCAUUUGAAAGAAGAAGUGAAGCUUCUUUUCUGAGACUUACGGAGUCAAGCAGCUGCCUUAAUAACCCUAAAGUUGUAGAUGAUGGGCGACAAUCUGAAGCCAAAGAUAGCUCUGAUUACAAUUUGGGUGAUAAUACUGAAGGAAUCAAAGACCCCCGUCCCAAAUUAAGGCUACCUUUUGGUGAUUGGUUUCAUCACCUAAGGCCACAACAAAAGCAUGAAAAAGAAGGCUUAUCAGCUAAUGGUCCAAAUAAAGAAGAUUCAAAGCCGGAUCCCUUUCUUCCAAAAAUUACAAUGGUUGGUCUGUCAACAGAGGAAACAGGCCAGAUGAGUAAAGCUAGUUUGAAAAAAACAAUGGAGGAUUUGACAAAAGAGUUGGAGAAGACAGAGCAAUAUAAUGUGGCUGGUGUUGGUAGUAAUGAGUGCAAAGUAGAAGAUAGGGAUCCACUAUUUGUAGCAAAUGUCGGUGAUUACUAUUCUAGUGUGGGAAGAACAGGAUCAGCUCGUUGGAUUCGAGGAGGAUCCAACUGAAACCUUUUUUUCCCAACAAUAUUUCAUUUCCAGGUAGUUGUGGACAUUGGUCUCCAAAUAAGAUUGAGAAGACCGUGUUAACAUUAAUAUGUUAAAAUGUUGGAAACUGGAAAUAACCUCAUUUGGGGUGUAUACUAUAGAAAGUGGUAAGUGGAUGCAGCUAGCUUGAGAAUAUGUCUGAUCAGUUUUGUAAAUGAUUAUGUAAUUCAUCUUUGUUGACCAUUUUGUUGACUUCUGGGAAGUUGAAUAAAACUUGUUACAUAAAAACUGGGAGCUAUGUAUAUAUACUAGGCUGUGAUAAAUAAAACUGAAUUACACA